GCCAUGCUUGAUGCUACCUAAACACGGUUAGUGUUCAGAGGGAUCUAUUUAUGCUAGAAACGAAAUACCUGUCCGGUGCAGUUUUUUGAGUGUAAAAUCAAGUUUGACAUUUUAUAUUUUAUCAAAAAUGGCGAAAGAAGACCCAAGACUUAAAUUACAUGAUGGACAUAUUGAUUCAGAAAAAAAGAGCCUUGAAGCUGGGCCAGAUCCAACAGCCCCAAUUACACGAAAAGGAGUCUUAACUUCUUUCUUAACUGGUAAACCAAUGGAUAUUCCAGAAAAUGAUAUUCUUGGGAAAUGCAGAUUUGUGUCUGAGUUUGAAAAAUUAAACCGUAUUGGAGAAGGCACUUACGGAAUCGUUUACAGAGCAAGAGAUACUAAAAGUGAUAAAGUAGUGGCUUUGAAAAAAGUCAGAAUGGAACAUGAAAAGGAUGGUUUACCUGUUAGUGGUUUAAGAGAAAUAAGUGUCCUAUUGUCGUGCAGACAUGAAAAUAUUGUACAACUAAAAGAAGUUGUAGUUGGUAGAAGUUUAGAAAGUAUAUUCUUAGCAAUGGAAUAUUGUGAGCAGGAUUUGGCUAGUUUAUUAGAUAAUAUGCAAGCCCCAUUCUCUGAAAGUCAAGUCAAAUGUAUCAUGCUGCAAGUUCUUAAAGGGUUAAGAUACUUGCAUCACAAUUUUAUUGUACACAGAGAUUUAAAAGUAAGUAAUUUACUCAUGACCGACAAAGGAUGCGUUAAAAUAGCAGAUUUUGGACUUGCUAGAUGGUUCGGUUUACCAUUAAAACCCAUGACACCUCGAGUUGUAACACUUUGGUACAGAGCUCCAGAAUUACUCUUACAGGCUAAAACACAAACUACAUCAGUAGAUAUGUGGGCUGCAGGAUGCAUACUUGGUGAACUCUUAGGACAUAGACCUUUACUUCCUGGAAGAUCAGAAAUUCAGCAAUUAGAAUUAAUAGUUGAUCUUCUUGGUACUCCAAGUGAGGCUAUUUGGCCAGAAUUUAAUUCUCUACCAGCAUUGGAGAAUUUCACUCUAAAACAACAACCUUAUAACAACCUUAAACAAAGGUUCCCAUGGUUGAGUGCUGCAGGUCUUAGAUUAUUGAACUUCUUGUUCAUGUAUGAUCCAAAGAAAAGAGCAACAGCAGAAGAAUGCUUACAAAGCAGUUACUUUAAAGAAGCACCUUUGCCAUGUGAUCCAAAAUUGAUGCCAACGUUCCCGCAACACAGAAAUAUGAAGAAAGCAGCUGGAAAAGAUCCACGCGAUCCAGAACCAUUAACUACUGAUCAGACUAAUAAUUUACCUGCAAUAUCUGAUCUUCUUGGAUCACUAGUCAAGAAACGACGUGUCGAGUAAAAAAUAUAUUAAAAAUAUUGUGAAGAUCGAGGCCUGUGAGAAUUUUUUAUUACUAUGUAAUACUUUUAUCAUUAAUAUAAUAUUGUCAUUAAGCAACUCAACAGUUUUUUCACGUGUCAUGAUUUUUUUAAAUUACUUGAUUGAAUCACAAUAAUGGACUUGUACAAAAUAAGUAUUUAAAAACAUGUAAAUCGACAAAAAUAUCGACGUUAAAAAUUAAUAAAAGAUAAGUUUUUCAAUUUA